CCGCGCCGCUGCGCGGGGCCGCAGGUCCCCGCGGGCCGUCGUGAAUUAUUCAUCGGCAGGAAGAUAUUAGAUGUACCCGCUGCCCGCUCCGCGCGAGCCGUCGUGCAAUGCUAUCCGAGCUCUGCGCGCGCCCCGCGCCCCUCCUCCUCCUCCUCGCGUCCGUCCUCUCUGAAACCUUGGCAGCGAAGGGGGAUCACAUUUCCUUUGUCAUCGGGCCAUUUCGCCCUCGCCUUGGUCCCCCCCUCCGAUCUCGAGCCGCGGGGACGGAACCUCCACCGAGGCGCGCCGGAAUCAGUGGAACCGGCAACGGCCCAGCGCGGUGAGAUCAGGAGCCGCGUGGUCAACGCCGCCGGCCCGCGCCCGCGUCAUCUUCUUUCUGAAACCAGUCGCCGAGAGAGACUCGGGUGGCCCCGGCAGCGUUGCGCCUACCGGGCUUGGCCCGCGCUGUGCGCCCUGGCCGCCCGGGGCUUUGAACAACUCCGCGAUUCGGGCUGCGUGCGUGCACGCGCGCGCGCCCCCCCUUUCUCAGCUUUGCCGCCUCUUCCUCCUCCUCCUCUCAGGAGGGAGUCGUUCCUGAGCCAAGGCAGCACCUUCAUGAUGCGCUGGGAAGGCUGUGAGGAGCCGCUGGCCUCAGCAGGAGAACGAAAGCUCGGCGCUGGGAAAUGCUGGGUCGCUAAUGCGCGGCGCCCUCGGGCGGCCUGGCUUUCCGAGCCGGUAAACGUGGAGCUUGGCCGGGAAAGAGGGGCUCCCCGAGUCGGCACCCCCUCGGCUCCUCUGGGCCGGUUCACCGUGUCGACCCAGCCGCCGGCAGGUGGCGCUCUGAGCCCCGAGGCCCGCGCACCGCGCUGGCCGAGCAGGUUCCUCUCAGACCGCGCGCGCCUUCGCCGCGGCCCCCGCUUAAUCCUUUGGAGUCUCCCCUGCCCCGGCCACCUGCGGGACCUCGGCUGCUCCUUCUGA